AUGUGUUGGUAAAUUCUUGCAGUAACAUUCCAUUUUACAGUUAAGCAGAAGUAAAAAUGGAAAAUAUUCCACUUAGAAAUGAAAUUGAACCAAUUGAGCAAGAAAACCCAUUCAGCCUUCUUCCUAUUGAGAUCAUCGACAAAAUAUGGGCCUAUCUAAAUCUGUCGUUCCUAAAAAUUACUCGUCAAGUUAAUUCUGACUGGCUGAUGUGGUCCUCUCGCCGUUUUAGAAGUUUGUCUGUUAUCACAUUCUAUUCAUCAGUUCUUGCUGAUCCAUCAUCUAGUCGAUAUCAGAAAUGUUUGGGCUCCGAACUAUCCAAAUAUGUUGAACUGUAUCCUCAAUACCUCCACCAAAACUUUAAGAUUUCCACAACCACGCUAGAUCUUUUGCUUAGUAAGGAGAAAUCACCACGCGACUCCGUUCACACUUUUAUGAACCAUAUUGUCAAUUUCUUUCUUAAUUAUGGAUCCCACGUUAACAAACUGACUCUGCAGCAAGCAUAUAUGUGGAAUGGCCAAACGGAAACUCCUCAAACCCAAAUAUUUUCAUUUUUUCGCACGCUGUUACGUACAACAAAUAAUUUGACAUCGCUCACCAUAUCCUUCGAUAUGUUUAUGCAGGAUGACAUUAUUGACAUAAACUCGUUCCCAACGGAGGGUCUAGCAAAUUGGUCGUGCCUCAAGGAACUCCACGUCCACCUCGCUGGGUUGGACUAUGAUAAAAACGCAAGAUCCAAGUUCCUCAUCGUGCUUCCGACCAUUUUUAGAAAAGCGACGAAUCUAAAAACCUUUACGUACUUUGGUAAACCUAAUUAUCUUACGAAGGGUAUCCAACUGGUAACGAGUGAUUCUGCAGAAAAAACUUUAUGCAAAUUGGAAACACUAGGAAGUCCAGAGAUUGCUUUGGAUUUCUCUAAAACUACGAAGGAGCACCACUGGGCUAUCCUGAAAUUAAAUAUGAGACUGAAAAAAGUCUAUCUUCGUCUCGCUGGUGAUAUUGAGCUACACAUUUUGGAGAAAUUCAAGGAAACAUUGGAAUUCGUUUGGAUAGGCGCUUACGGUCCAGAUUUUAGCCUUCCUCCACUAUCUCGAGUUAUAGAACUUGUUGUCCGAGAUGAAGUCACAAACUUCGGAGAGGAACAUCGCCAUGAAAUACAAAGGAUUAAACAGGAAAAAUCAAAGAAAAGUAUGAACCUAUUUAACAUUGACGAAAUGUUUAAGAAACACCAGGAAUCAAAUUUUUGUCUUCCUCAGCUUCGUCACUUUGAAUAUACCAUGAAGUCGAGAUUAUGCUCCCAGCCAUAUGAGGACGCCUACUGCGUGGAAUUGUUUAAUUGCAUAUUUCCGAAUUGUGACACACCACUUCCCCAAAUUGUAAGAUUGGAUAUUACCUAUCCAUCGAAUGAAGUUGAUUAUAGCUUGAUUACUUCAAAGUUAGCUAAACUUUUUCCAAAUGUUCAUAAUAUUCACUUCAAUUCUGCUAGACAUUUAUAUAAGCAAAAAAUAUCAGAGCACAUCGACAUAGGCCUACAUACUGCGACUACACAUACAUAGAUUAAUGGGCUGCAAUCAUACUUACAAGCUACAAGUAUAUAAUUUUUUUACUGGACUGCGUUGUUUUUUUGAGCGAAAAAGUAGAAAAUUUAAGAGGUAUAAGUUUUUAAAAAACUAUCUAAAAUUUGGAGCCCCUGCUGGAGAAAAUUCGCGCGGCGACGCACGCCGCCAACCCUGACUAAGGAGGAGAGACCCUCUGCAUGCCCCUCUCAGAUCUCGAUGCGCUUUGGAUAUUUGAGAGUCACUCCAAGUCAAAACCUUCGAUCGGAGGAGAGUCAUGAGAGCGGAGAUGUGGUCUAUCCACUCCGAGCGACACAACUGACGGUGGGGCUCGCAAGCAGUGGGCGUAGCAAGGGCUGUCAUUUUGUAUGUCGACACGGUCUGGGCUAGUUUUUUUAACUUAUAUGUUUUGAAAUCAGUGUUGCAAAUAAGUCUUGAUUCAUGUGACACUUGAAAUCGCCACUCAAAGUUUUGAUUACGCCCCUUGUUUUUCCAUCAUUUUGGGAAUAUUCCCACCCAUAAGAUAACAUGUGCCACUAAAAUCACAAUAACUUCCUGCCCCCACUUAUGUUUGGCGUAAAAAUUUUUUGCUGUAAACUAUUUCGAUAUUAGAUCAUAAUUUCAAAAAUUUGAGAAAAACAUGAGUGGGGGCAAGAAGUUACAGCGC